UGUAAGUGUUCAAACCUUGAAAGAGCGGUCUUUCAAGGCGCGAGAAGAAUAAGGUCUCACUUUUUUUUUUUUGCACGGUACUCUUGCAUUCUCCCCCCAUUCAACCAACUUUUGAGAACUCAGCAUGGACGCGCCUUCACGAAGCAGUGCGAGCAGUCAUCGGCGGGAUAAGGACUGGAAGGACGACAAGGACCGCGACCAAGACCGUGAGCGGGACAAGAAGCACCGUCACCACGACAAGGACGAACACGAGGACCGACAUAAGAAGCACAAGUCCUCUUCGUCUUCCUCCAAGACUCGGCACCAUGAUCGGGACGACGAAGAUAGACAUCGACGUCAUCACCACAAAUCAUCAUCAUCAAAACAUGACAGGGAUAAGGACAGAAGUUCCAAGAGCAGUGGUCGUAGAGUCGACAAAGAGGACAGCGGCGACGAGGACAUGUGGGUGGAGAAGGAAGUCCCAGGAGUUGAUCCGAAUCCCUUGCAGGCACAAAUCGCCAGCCAACCUAGCACAGAACCAGUUGAUUUAUCAAGCGAUCAGUACCAAUCCUCAAAUACACCCGCAUCAAAGGGAAAUGAUGGUCCAAAACAUGAUGCAUGGAUGAUGGAAGGCGGUGGCAUAGAUUUUGGGCUUAUGGGAGCAUUGAGGGUUAAGAAACCGAAAGAGGACCAGCCUAAUCCAGACAAGCCCCGGAUCAGCAGUCGUGAACUAAACGUCCACUACAAAGCUGGCCUCCAUAUAGACCAGUACCCAGAAAUGGUCGUAGAAAAGCCGUCGUAUACUAUUGGGGAUGCAGGAUCAAGCUGGCGAAUGACCAAGCUGAAGCGCGUUCUGGAAACUGCGGCGGAGGAAGGCGUCGCUCCAGAAGUCAUUGGGAUCGAGCGCUACGGGUCAAUAGAAAAGUUCAAUGAAGCGAUGGAGGAGCGCAGGGAAUUGGACAGGAGAGCAUCAAGGAGGAAGGGGCGCCGAAGUGACAGAGGCGAUGACAGGGACGACCGGAGGGAUGACAGAAGAGACAGCCGCAGGGACGAUAGACGCCGCGACGAUGAUGAUGAUCGACGGGCUCGAGACGACGAUCGUCGCAGCAGAGAUGACCGACCGUCGAAGAGCGGGCGUCUUUCAGAAUUCAGCUCUGCGGCUUCUUCACCCUUUCAGCGACCUAUGGAUGAGCAGGAACGGCUAGAAAAGGAGCUGGUGAGGCGCAACAGGGAGAAGGAAAGGGAAAAGGAGCAAGAAAGAAGAUUUACGCCAAUUCCAUCUCCAUUUGCAACCCAUGUAUCCUCACCAAUUCCGAAUCACUCGGCCGAGCCUACCAUAACACCUGAUCAGCUGAACAAGUUAAAGGCGAAGGCUAUCCGCGCCAAGAUGCUGGGAACGCCGGACGCAGAGGCCCUAGAGAAGGAGUACGAACAAGCACAGAAGGCUGCCCUGGAGAUUUCUAUCAAAUCGCCGGAUAUGCAGAGGACGGUCAUUGUGCAAACUAUGGGACGGUCCAGUGGGUCUUCGUCUCCAGCACCUCUUGGUCCUGGUAACAGGAAGACACCGGGCAACAAGAAGGAGGUGACACAUGAUGAGCAAGGAAACCGUAUCGCUUAUCAGGGCGAAGAGGGUGAUAUGGAUCUUCACGAGUUGGUGAGACGCGAAAAGCUGGGUCUGGAGGAAGGCAUGGAUAAGGAGCUCGCUCGCAGGAUCACUCGAGAUGCUGUUUUCAAAGAUGAUCUUGACUACAUGGACGAGAAUGCGGACAAAAUUGCGCGCACAGUCAAGAAAAACGACGCUCAGCUCAAGAGCUCUGCCAUUAACGACUAUCGCAAAACACAGACAGCACUCGAUAACUGCUCCAUGUGCUUCAAGGACGAGGGUCGCACUCCACCGGUCAUGCCAGUGGUUUCUAUGGGCGCACGCGUUUAUCUCGGUCUGCCACUGUACAAAGAGUUCCUACCGGGCCAUUGCAUGAUUGUCCCCGUUCAACAUGUCACCUCGACCCUGGAGUGCGACGACGAUGCCUGGGAUGAGAUCCGGAACUUUAUGAAGUGUCUGAUCCAGAUGAACGCAGCACAGGAGAGAUACGUGGUCUUUUCGGAAACAGUGAUUAACCUCAAGUGGCAGAAACACACGGUGAUCGAGUGUAUCCCUAUUCCCUGGGAUGCUGGCCAAACCGCUCCAGGAUACUUCAAGGAGGCCAUUCUGAAUGCAGACGAAGAGUGGUCGCAGCAUAAGAAGCUGAUUGAGACCGACACCAAGGACCCCAAGAACGGAGGAUUCCGUCGGCGGUUGACCAGCAAGAUGCCGUUCGUUCACGUCUGGUUUGGGUCGCCUGACAAGGGGUAUGGCCAUGUCAUUGAGGAUGCGGAUAGGUUCGAAGACUAUUUUGUAAAGGAGGUCUUAGCCUCGAUCUGCGAGAUGGACUCAUUGCAGUGGUCACGAAGGAAUAACAAGAGGAUUCCGACUGCAGAGAGUCCUAGACGCAUCGAGGCGUUUAAGAAGGGUUGGCACGCCUGGGACUGGACACGAACGCUUGCGGAUAAAUAAAAUCGUUGUUCUUUUUUAUUUAUUUAUUACAUUGACAGCAAAGAAAAGCAAGGCAGAUGAUAUCAACA